UGCUCCCAAGACAGAUCUCAUGGAUCACGUAGCCUAGGCUGGCCUCAGAUUUGCUGUGUGCCUGAGGAUGACCUUGAACCUCUGACCUUCCCACCUUCACCUGGUGACGUGUCCUCACUCUUUACUUGGGGAUGGCGGCUCCCCAGCUCACCCUCAGUGUCCUCGUGAUUGCCUUGCUCACUUGCUCUGUGACUGCUUAUCCCAAUGGCAAAGUAUCAAUGUCCUGUGCUGGGAUGAUCCCCCAACAUAACCACAGCCCACAGUCUGAGCCUAUUCACCAAAUCACAGUGAGUCAGACGACGUUCAAACCUGGAGACCAGAUCAAAGUUACUUUAUCAGGACCACCAUUUAGAGGCUUUCUUUUGGAAGCUCGUGAUGCUGAGAAUCUGAGCGGCCCUCCUAUUGGCUCCUUCACUCUGAUUGACAGCGAAGAGUCACAGCUUCUGACCUGUGCGGAUGUACAGGGAUUAGCUGUGAGUCAUACAAGGUCAUCCACGAAGACAGAAAUUAAAGUCUACUGGGAUGCUCCCAGCAGUGCCCCAGAUCACAUACGAUUUCUAGCUACAGUUGUUCAGAAAUUUAAAAUCUACUGGGUGAAGAUUCCGAGUCCCGUAAUUUCCCAACCAAAUGCUCCUCCCUUUACGACACCUAAAGCUACAACACAACCUUUGACAACAUCACCUUCUGUCUCACACUUAACCAAACCAUUCAGUGCCUCCGAGUGUGGGGACAAGAAGUUCUGUGUCAGGAGUCCUUUGAACUGUGAUCCAGAGAAGGACCCUGCAUGCGUCUUCCUGUCCUUCACCAGAGACCACCAGUCGGUGAUGGUUGAAAUGAGUGGACCCAGUGAUGGCUAUGUGUCGUUUGCAUUUUCUCAUGACCAAUGGAUGGGCAAUGAUGACGCAUACUUGUGCAUCCGUGAGGACCAGACAGUGUCUAUUCAGCCUUCCUACUUGACAGGGAGAAGUUAUCCUGUGAUGGACUCCAGGGGGACUCUGGAGGAUAUGGCCUGGAGGCUGGCAGACGGCGUCAUACAGUGUUCAUUCAGAAGAAACAUCACCCUUCCUGAGGCUAAGAACAGAUUUGUGCUGAAUGAAAGCUACUACAUAUUCUUUGCAGAAGGUCCAGCUCACGACGGCCGAAUCUUUAGGCACCCUCAUCAGCCUUUGAUAACAUAUGAAAAAUACGACGUAACAGGCACUCCAAAGAGCGUAGGAGGGUCCCGCUCCUCACCGCUUUUGAAGGCUCAUGGUGCCUUAAUGUUUGUGGCAUGGAUGACCACAGUCAGCAUUGGAGUCCUGGUUGCCCGGUUCUUCAGAUCUGUUUGGUCGAAAGCUUUCUUCCUCCGGGAAGCAGCUUGGUUUCAGGUGCAUCGGAUGCUCAUGGUCGCUACCUCUGUACUCACCUGCAUUGCUUUUGUUUUGCCUUUUGUGUACCGAGGAGGCUGGAGUUGGCGCGCAGGCUACCACCCGUACCUCGGUUGUACAGUGAUGACCUUAGCUGUCCUUCAGCCUCUGCUGGCAACCUUCAGACCACCUUUACAUGACCCAAGGAGGCAAGUGUUUAACUGGACUCAUUGGAGUGUGGGGACUGCCGCUAGAAUAAUAGCAGUGGCAGCAAUGUUCCUAGGAAUGGACUUGCCAGGACUGAACCUUCCCAGCCCACAGAAGACCUAUGCCAUGAUGGGGUUUGUGAUCUGGCACAUCGGGACUGAGGUCAUUCUGGAGAUACAUGCUUAUCGGCUCUCUAGGAAAGUUGAAAUACUGGACGACGAUAGGAUUCAGAUCCUUCAGUCACUAACUGUUGCAGAAGCGGAGGGUCAUGUUUUUAAGAAGGUGGUGUUGGCCACUUACAUAUGUGGGAAUGUGACUUUUCUCUCGAUAUUCUUAUCUGCAAUCAACCACGUAUGAGCACAAAAAGACUUUUAUUUUUUAUUUUAUUUUUUUGUGGGCCUGGGUCAUGAUGGUCAUCAAAAUGAGGAGAGACCUGAAGCUUGUACCGACCACCUGGAGCGUAUACUAAGUCAGAAGACCCAUGGGCAUCGCUAGAGAGGAAUUCUGAAGUCUGGUUUUCCUAGCUCACAUUCAAGUGGGCUAAAUAACCUGGGCACUGACGUCAGUCAAGCCUUUAUGUGUAAUUCUGCAUCUUGAAGGGAACAUUGUACCUGAGAUGACAUGACUCUCAGCAUCUCACGCCAGAUUUAAAACAGUAAACUGGAAUGGACAGCAGUUGAAGACAAUUAUCUCAGGCAAUUAUCUCAGGCAAAAAAAAAAAAAUAAAAAAAAAAUGGAGGUUGUGUCUUUGGGAAUGAGACAGGUUUGGUGUAGCCCAGGCUGACCUCUAACCUGUUGUAUAACCAAAGAUAACCUGCCUCUGUUUUCUGGGUGGUGGGAUUACAGGUGUGCACCACUACAUCUGGUUUUAAGGGAACUGUAAUUUUCAUGACAGUGCUGCUAUGGUACUUUAAAGAAUACAUUUAUGUUGACUGGUUUAUUUAAGAGAUUUUAAUCUUAGAGUUUUAAAAAAAAAAAAUCUACAUUCUGUUUUUACGUACACACACACACACACACACACCCCAAACAAAUAAAACCUACAAGAAAAGAAACCAAACAUGUUUUCCGACCAGCAGCUGGGAGAUUUUUCUCUCUCCUUUGUGUUCAGUAUUUCUGUCUAAAGGUAGCUUGGUGGUUGAUUUAUUCAGUGAGCAUUUUGUUAACAUGUAGUUAUAUUAUGGAUAUUACCUUUUCUUUAGCAGUUAAAUGCAGGUAGGUACCCCUGAUUAGAGAUCUCAUUUAUUUUUCAUUCGUGGAGCUGAAACGGCAUCUUAGGUCCUGUUUUAGCCAUGAGAUCAGUCCUUAUAGGAGCUAGAGAACAAAGCCGCGAAUCUCUCAGUUGCUAAACCUCAACCUUGUGAACUGAUCCAGCAAGUAUUCUUGUCUCUUGAAGAUAGACUAACAUGGCUGGGUUCUUUUGGAAGACAUCCCUGGUGCUCUAGCGACUUCGCACAGGCAGUGUGUUUCCUCCUUCUUCGUCAUUUUCUAUCUCAAUGUUUGCUAUAAGGACUUACAGCCAGUGGGUGGCGCUGUAAUACCGGAGGACUCAUUUGUUCUGUUGCCACUAAGUGUUUUUAUUAAGGGGCUAUUUCCUUACAUCCUUCGCUCUGUUCUCUCCCUCUCCCCCCCCCCCCCAUGGGGUAAUAGGUGCUAGAAACUUAAUGGCUGGUGUUAUUACUUUCUGACUUAACUUUUAUUUGUUUUCUUUGAUUAUUUAUAAUGACUUUGAUAUUUUCUUUUAUAUU